CGCCAAUGGGAUGUAAUUAACUUACGACCAUUACCGAGUACCAAACAAGGACCCUAUUAAAUAUCCCCAUGAGACAUCGCGAGUACUUGAAACUGACGUGGCUGCUUUGACAUAUACAGAAAGAUGCAGGAUCCCAGUGAAGACACCCAAUGGAAUGAUGUCCUGCGAUCAAAAGGUAUUCUGCCUCCGAAGGCGAACGAGGCAACAAUUGACGAACAGACGAUAGUGAAGAUGUUGGAGGAGACCGUAGCCAAGAAGACUGGUGGUAAGGCGUAUGAUGACAUGACUCUGGACGAGCUCGAUGAGUUCGAAGACGAGGAAGAUGACAGAGUAAUGCAACAAUACAGGCAGCGACGUAUGGCUGAGAUGCUGGCCACUCAACAGAAGGCUCAGUUUGGCUCUGUCAAGGAGAUCUCUGCCAUAGAUUACGUGGGUGAGGUGAACAAGGCUGGAGAGGACGUGUGGGUCGUGCUGCACCUGUACAAAUCAGGUAUCCCACUGUGUGCUCUGCUGAAUCAGCACAUUGCCCAGCUGGCAGCCAAGUUCCCUGCGACCAAGUUCCUCAAGAGUGUCUCCACGACUUGCAUCCCCAACUACCCAGAUAGAAACCUCCCCACCUUCUUUAUAUACUUUGAGGGAGAUAUGAAAGGCCAGCUGGUGGGAGCACAGCAGUUCGGAGGAAUGAACCUCACUCUGGAUAGUUUGGAGUGGAUGUUGUCGGAGAAGGGCGCGGUCAAGAGCACUCUAGAAGAGGACCCCCGCAAGAAGAAUCAAGUGAGGGACAUGUCUAUACGACAAAACGUCAACAAAGACUCGGGCUCUGAGAGCGACUGAUCAUGAGCUAGUGUCUUAGAAUUUUAUGAAUAAUUCUAGAAGUUAAUUCAGCAUACAAUUAAUGCAUUGGUAUAUAUGUAGCUAGAGUGACUUUUAAAAUGUAUAAUUAUUACUUUUGUAACAGUCAAGCUCAAUCUCAAUUCACGAAAUUUCUUAAACCAUUACAUGCA